UUAGCCUAAGAAGAUUGUUGCAAGUUGAAGUAAGCCGGCACAAUUUUUAUUCGCGUAAAAAAUCCUUCGCGACUGCUAUGGCUGAAGCACUCGACAAGCUGGAACAGGAACGGGAGGCAAAAAGAAUCGCCAAAGAAGCUGAGGAUAAAGCUGUGAAGGAAGCAAAUCGUUUGAAACGCACUCUUAAGCGUAAGAAGUGGGUGGACUGGAAGGCGCAAGAUGAGGAGGAUGCUGCAAACGGAAAGAAACGCGCUCCAUUUGAUCCUGCAGAUCGCAUUAAGCGAAAGAAGUGCGCUAUACUUUUAAGCUACUGCGGUGCAAAUUACUAUGGCAUGCAACGCAAUCCGGGUAUGCAGACUAUUGAGGAGGAGCUUUUCAAAGCUAUGCUUAAACACAAAUGGAUAACAGAAGACUCCUUUGAACAGGUGCAAAUAGCUUGCUUUCAGCGGGCCGCACGUACCGAUAAGGGUGUCUCGGCCGCUCGACAGGUGUGCUCCGUUAAGUUGCCCGAAGAACUGGACCUAGACGCAUUCAAUAAAGAUUUACCAGAACAGAUUCGUCUCUUUGGUGUGGAGCGCGUUACAAAAGGUUUUAAUGCUAAGGAUCAGUGUAACGCACGCACCUACACAUAUACACUGCCAACCAUAGCAUUUGCUGCUUUCGAUGAUCAGCUUGAUCAGGAAACGUAUCGCAUACCGAUUGAGCGCCAGGAGAAAGUUAGCGCGACACUAAAACUCUAUGAGGGCACGAAAAACUUUCACAACUUUACCAGUAAAAAGAACUUUUUAGAUCCGUCGGCAAAGCGUUUCAUAAUGUCCUUUACAUGCAGUGCACCAUUCCUAAGUCCGCAAUCCAUUGAGUUUGUUACGUUGAAAGUAAAGGGACAAAGCUUUAUGCUGCACCAAAUCCGAAAAAUGGUCGGCCUAGCCAUUGCUAUAGUUCGUGGCAAUACCACAACUGCAACGCUGGAGCGUGCGCUAACCGAGGAGCGCCUGGACUUGCCCAUGGCGCCAGGCUUAGGCCUCGUAUUGGAUACCGUUCAUUAUGAACGCUACAAUGAUCGCUAUGGUAAUGAUGGCAUCCACAAGCCCUUGACUUGGGCAGAGCAAGAGGAGCAAGUUACCCAAUUCAUAGAGAAGUAUAUUUACUCAAAUAUAUACAAAACGGAGGCCGAGCAACGCAACAUGCUCGAUUGGCUAAGUACCUUGCAUUUCCACUCGUAUGAUACCAGGCGCGAUGAGCCAGCGAAAAAUAAUAGCGAGGACGAUGAUGGAGAAGAAUAACCAAUCUAUUUAUUUAUAAGAUGACAAUGCAAGACCAGUUGAUAGUGUAUAUGUAAUUGAUACAAAUUAAAAGCAUGUUGUUGAUUACGACUUAGAA